AUGUCGAAGAAAGACGCGAUCCAGCAUCUCCAGGAACAAGGCUUCUUCAAUGUCACUUCGAGUACAAGUACUCUCAAUAACGAGAUCUCACCAAUUUUCGCCCGCAACCGGUUCAUCGGCGUUUCGCAGCACAUGUAUGAUAACAUGAGGCCUGCUCUGCAACUUGCAAGUCGAUUCGUGGGAGACGAACGAGUUCUUGACUAUUUCUGGCAUCAGAUGAGGAGUCGGACACUACCUUCCCAGACCUUCGUAGGAGAUGCCCCGCCCCCGCUAAUUUACGUUUCAAACUAUCGGCUAGUAGAGAAGUCCGUCUUGAUGGCCGAAUGGAGGGAGAAACUGGAUAACCUAACUAGCGUUUUGACUUGGAAGGUGCAAGAAUCCGACCGUACCCCGACAGACAUGGAUUUGGGAUUAACUUUCGCUUUUGAUGAGCUCCGAACAACCUUCUCAGACCACGCGACCAAUGACAAGACUUAUAACGAGGUUUUAAGGCUUUGCAAUUGGCGCGAAGCGGAUAGGAGCGCCAAGGUACGUAACGGUAUGCUGGCUUAUUGCGCCGAUAUGAUGGGCGAGGGCUUGCGGUUUCGACCAGAGAGGGGAGCACCGACAAGUCCCUGCGUGCUCUUGCACUCAUUCUUUCGCAAAGUGCUCGAUCCAGACUCCGAGACAACUGUGACAGAUGAUUCUGGUCCUCCCCCUCCAUCUAGCGUACAGAACCUUGGACCCCAAUUCCUUCUCGCCCACGUCUUGCUUCACGAGUUGGCCCACUGUCUCGACAAGUUUCCGAUUUUCAAGUGCAAUGAUCCCCAAGGUCUAUCGAUGGAAGCUUUUGCUAACGAGGAAGAAGCCAGGAUUUUCGCAUUUCCCGAAUGCGGUCUCUCCUGGGAACGGGCAACUUUCCAAGGCCGUUGCAUCCGUUUCCAUCAAUUCGUCGCUGACCAAAGCAAAAUAGCAAUGAAAUACACAGAUAUCGCUGCCCUUGCCGUCGCGAGUUUCAGCCACAAAGACGAUCGUGGUACUGCUACAUCAUCUACUUUCACCGUUGGCGACAAAACUUACAAGGCCACGACUGACUUCACGAGCUAUGAGAAGGCAUUGAUCCCGUGGCAAUGGAUUUCACACUGGUUCCAGGAGUCGCAUUGGCAUCCCAAUCGGACUCGUGAAGAAGUAUUGGCCCUGCCUUCUCUGGGAUGGAAAAUGUCCUAUGAACUCCCCGCACCAGACGACCCGUCCACGAUCGUCGAUGAGAUUGUGAGAAUCCGAGUGAAAGUGCCUCAUGAGGAUGAGUAG